CGCCAGCCGACUUCAACCAGAGCAACAUGACUCCGUUGGCACUGCUGGUCCUGGUCGGCGCGGCGGUCGCCGGGGGCGCCCCGGGCUCCGUCUCUGCUCCCGUCGGCGGACCUGGUUUGCUCGGGAUCUUGGGCCGGCUGCCCGGAGCCGAGGUCAAUCCAUGGAUUUCCGCGGCUAACUCCAGCGCCGGAGAGCGCGCCUCAUCAGGCCCCCAGGUGCUCAACCCCAAAAAAGGCAGCGUCAACAACGGAAAAGGCAGUUCCGCUUACGAAUACGCGACCGCCAGCGGCAUCAGAACGGGCGAGGCCGGAGUCCGGAAGCAAGCUGGCGUACCCGUAGCCGUGGACGAGGUGGGUCACGGCUCCUACACCUACACCGUCGACGAGUACGGCUUCCAACCGCAGGGCGCCCAAGAGCCCACCCGGCCAUCCAUCCCGGAGGCCAUCCUCAGGUCCCCGAAGCAGAAUGCCACUGUGGUGUUGGCGGCCGCGCGCUACCACGGUGUCGGCACUUCCAGAGCCACAUAUGAUGCGUCCAGGGCCGGUUUCCCCGGCGGAUAUGGUGCGUCCGAAGGCGGUUUACCCGGAGGAUAUGGUGCGUCCGGAGCCGGUUUACUCGGCGGAUAUGGUGCGUCCGAAGGCGGUUUACCCGGAGGAUAUGGUGUGUUCGGAGCCGGUUUACUCGGCGGAUAUGGUGCGUCCGAAGGCGGUCUACCCGGCGGAUAUGGUGCGUCUGGAGCCCGUUUCCCCGGCGGAUAUGGUGCGUCCGAAGGUGGUUUACCCGGCGGAUAUGGUGCGUCCGGAGCCGGUUUACUCGGCGGAUAUGGUGCGUCCGAAGGCGGUUUACCCGGAGGAUAUGGUGUGUCCGGAGCCGGUUUACUCGGCGGAUAUGGUGCGUCCGAAGGCGGUCUACCCGGCGGAUAUGGUGCGUCUGGAGCCCGUUUCCCCGGCGGAUAUGGUGCGUCCGAAGGUGGUUUACCCGGCGGAUAUGGUGCGUCCGGAGCCGGUUUACUCGGCGGAUAUGGUGCGUCCGAAGGCGGUUUACCCGGCGGAUAUGGUGCGUCCGGAGCCGGUUUACUCGGCGGAUAUGGUGCGUCCGAAGGCGGUCUACCCGGCGGAUAUAGUGCGUCUGGAGCCCGUUUCCCCGGCGGAUAUGGUGCGUCCGAAGGCGGUUUACCCGGUGGAUAUGGUGCGUCUGGAGCCCGUUUCCCCGGCGGAUAUGGUGCGUCCGGAGCUUGUUUACUCGGCGGAUAUGGUGCGUCCGAAGGCGGUUUACCCGGUGGAUAUGGUGCGUCUGGAGCCCGUUUCCCCGGCGGAUAUGGUGCGUCCGGAGCCGGUUUACUCGGCGGAUAUGGUGCGUCCGGAGCCGGUUUACUCGGCGGAUAUGGUGCGUCCGAAGGCGGAUUACCUGGCGGAUAUGGUGCGUCCGGAGCCGGUUUACUCGGUGGAUAUGGUGCGUCCGAAGGCGGUUUACCCGGUGGAUAUGGUGCGUCCGGAGCCGGUUUACUCGGCGGAUAUGGUGCGCCUUGAGGCGGUUUACCCGCACCAUAAGGCGAUCCGCUGCAUUCCUUCAAGCGGCCCGGCUUCGGCGCCAAGAAUGGCUAAUCUCGUACCUCAAACCUGACAAAGAAAAAACUGACACCACCUAUGAAGUUGUUUCUCGCAAACUGAAAGCUCAGCAUUUUGUCUCCUUCCUCGCUGGCGAUCGUCUCAUUUAUAGCCUCUUUGUUAGCUACACCCACAUGUUCAGUGACGUGACGUCAGUCUGGUACGGCGAAGGGUAUAACACAUCUAUUGUACUCACCCCGAAAAUUGUGCUGACGCAUAAUACUAGCGUGAUUUCGAGAAAGUUCAAUUUAUUUUUUCUGCUAAUUUUUUUUUUUCAAAAUAAUUUCGAAUAUAUAUUUCAACUGGUAGAUAAGUACAGAGAUUUUUCUCAUCCUGUACUCCGCUCAGCUAAAUCUCUCCUGGCACCUCUGCACAGACUUUGCUUGAGCGCGCGAUGCUUCAGUAUUUUAGUUCUGGUUGGUCGGGACGUGACAGUGUCGUCUGGAGCCAAAUCUCGGGCGGAUAAAAUUUAUUUCAGUAGCCUUCAAUGACGAAUGAAACGACCACGUUUCAACUAGUUACUAUUAUGUGGGUCACAAUCCGUGAAUUCACUGUAUGUGACCCUGACGUCCCAAAAUACCUUUUUAACGCUGUUUAUUUGUACAGGUAGUUUUUUUAAUUUUAAUUAACAAUUCAACUGAUCAUAGCAUCGUAUGGGAAAACUACAGCUUACUGAGAUGUUUUAUAUGUGUGUUACAUUAUAUAUUCGUUAAGAUAUUUUUUGAUGUUAUUCAAAGGUUUGGUAUAUAAUGUUUUUAUUUUAUGGAAAUUAAGAUAAACCACGGGCAGAGGGCUCUAAACCCUCAUCAGAACACUUUUAAUUCUUCAUGUCUGAUGUAAGGCUCAUUACCAUAUGGCGCUCUGGAUCUGAAAGGAAACACUAAACGCUUCUGUGUAAAAAAAUUGCAUUACAAAAUUGCAGUUACCUGAAAAAUUCGUAGAGACAACGCAUACAUCAAUCAUUGAACCAUUUCCUAUAGUUUAGAUCAUAUAAGAGUCUGGAUAUUUAAAGGCUUAUUCGUAAUACAAAAUAAAAAACGGGAUUAAAAUCAUGAAGUGCUUUGCCACUGUUUAUUGAAUCUGUCUUAUAAAUAAUUCAACGGCAAAAUCAAAGAUUAUUAUAUCAUCCAAAAGAAUGAAUGAAUGAUACUUAUAAAAACUAAUAUUGUAAAUAGCAUGUAGCAAUCGAUGUCUGAAUGUUUUCUGUGUUUUGUUCCACACAUUUUCAGUUAUCUUUCAUGUUUCAUAGAACUAAAGUCUAUUUCUUAGAAUGUUUAUAUAUUCAAUUUAAUUGUGAUAUUAUUGUCAUUAUACUUAUAUUAUAAAUGUUAUUGUACUAUGUGUUGAAAUUAAAUAAAUAUAUUUAAAAUUAAUGCUAAA